GCCCUCCUCUAUACGCCAUUAUUAUUUGCAAGUAAACAAAAAUCAGCAGCAUUCUGCUAUCACUCGUUGAACGAAGCGUUUGCAGUGUUUACGGCUUAUCGUCUUUAAAAAUGUCAUCGAAACUUUGUUACUUUCUAAUCGUGUUGAUUUGUGGUCAAGCGUGUCAGAUAUCUGGUCGUCAAAUAGUCCGACGCGAUGUCCCGAAUCACCAAAAUAUGGUGCCAACAAAAGAGCUAACGGAUGAAGACAUUGCAAAAAUGAAACAGGAAAUGGCGGCGCAAUUGACGCCUGCUCAAUUGAAACAAUUUGGAGAGAUAUUAACGAAAUUUAAAAAGGGUGCAACGCCCACAGAUUUCGUCGAAGGAAUGGUUCAAUUGUUGGUAUUAGCCGUUGCCGUUGGAUCAAAUGCGACUGACACUGAUAUUACGAAACUAUUCAAUGAAGAUGUUCAAACCACAACACUCGGCUCAAUUGCCGAAAAUAGAAUCUAGAACAUUUUGUUGUUUUUUGUGAGGAAAUUAUUUAGUUUUUUUUAUUAAAUGAUUAAAAAAUGUUCAUAAAAUGGUU